GUAAGCAAAUAAACCAACCCAACUUCAUGUACAAUAAAAAACUGAGAGCCAAGUUUGUAUUCACAAGAACUGAAGAAAAAUACGUGCAUGGUAGAAAAUCAAAGGAAUUUCACAUCAACAUGCAGUUCCUGCCUGCGUUUGUCCUGACAUUCCUCUUUAAAUCUUGUUCUGCAGCUAUAGUUGUCCAACAGCCUUACAUCUCUAUCACCAAAGUACAAUCAGGAACUGCCCGUGUUCCAUGCCAAACUACUUCAUCAAUGUUACCAAUCCACUGGUAUCAGCAGAAAUCAAGUCAGCUGAAGAGGAUCCUCUAUUAUCACCAAGAAAAGAUCAACUAUGAUGAAGGCUUUAGUAAUGCAAAGUUUGAUUCUGAAAAGCAAACUGAAUUGGGUUUUACAUUAAUAAUACAGAAUAUAAAUGCAGAUGAUGCAGGUACCUAUUACUGUGCAUGUUGGGACUAUGACGCACAUGAUAUUUGGCAGAAGAUUUUUGGAUCUGGUACCAGACUCAUUGUCACAAAUACUGCACGGUCAGCUGAAAAACCUAACGCUACUAUACUUAGCACAUCCAAGAAAGUGAUAGAGAAACAGGGACAAGGAAUAUAUCUCUGCCUGCUUGAGAACUUCUUUCCUGAUGCAAUUCAGGUUGUUUGGAGGAAAGGAAACAAGGAUAUUCCGUCAGAACAAGGAGAAAUAAAAAGUGAAAAAGAUAAGGAUAACAAUGAUGUUUAUUCAACUACCAGCUGGAUUUCAGUGACUAAAGAUGAUCUGGGCAACAAGUUCACCUGCCAUUAUAAGCAUGAAGGCAUAAGCAAACAGGAGAACUGGGAUGAAGUAUCUGUAGUGGGAAGCAAGUCUUCUAUAGUAGUCCCUGGUGGUGAAAAUAAAGUGAAAACAUGUAAUGAGAGCAGUACAGACAAUAUGAUUUAUCCAAAUCCGGCAUCCCAGAGAGCGGCGUACCUCACCUACCUCUUGCUGAUCACCAAAAGUGCAUUGUACGGCCCUAUUAUGUUCUUCAUCAUCUACAGGCCAACAAAAUUCUGCUUUUAAGACUAUAAAGUAACAAGCCUUCAAAUAACAAUGCUAGGGCGUCAAAAUAUCUUUAUGCUAUAAUAAGCAAUAAGUUGGUUUGCAAAACUAAAAUGAUUUCAUACAUUUCAUAUUGCAAUUUUGUUGAUGUAAAAACUAAAAAUUAUGAUCAUUAGAAAGCUUUUGUGCUUAAUUUCUUAUUGGACAGUAAAUAAUAAAUAGUAACAAGUCUAAAUAGUAAUUAUAUAAAUGUUUAUUACUCUGAAAAAGCAGUGCUCUCUAUCCAGGCACUACUGUAUGGCUUUGCUGCACAAGCAGGAACAUGUAGUGGUUGAUAUUGUUACUUCACCUCAACCUCCUAUUUAGUACAAGGCAGUCUAGAGUUUAGAGCUAAUUAAAUACAUUUAGCACCUAUAUAUACUGCAAUAUAUGUUAACAAGCUUUUUGGCAUUUUUUUUAUUUUCUGAAAAUAAAGAUUUCUGAGCAAAAUAA